AUGUCCGCCCAGCAGAAGAUCCAGGAGCACCCCGUGUUCAAGCAGGCUCAGAACAAUGCCAGCUACUACGUAUCGCAGCUCGACAAGGAGCUCGGCAAGUACCCGGUGAUGAACAGCAUCGAGCAGCGCUCGCAAGUCCCCAAGUCGUACAUUUUCCUCGGCGGUGUCGCACUCGCGCUCCUCCUCCACACCGUCAACGCCCUCGCCGCUCCUGUCUCGAACCUCAUCGGCUGGGGUCUCCCGGCGUACCUCUCCUUCAAGGCCAUCGAGUCUCCCGGCCAUGAGGACGAUGUUCAGUGGCUCACGUACUGGAUCGUGUUCGGCUUCUUCAACUUCCUCGAGGGCUUUGCGAUUUCCGUCGUGCUCUACUACCUUCCCUGGUAUUAUGCGUUCAAGAGCGUCUUCAUCCUCUGGCUCCAACUCCCGGCAUUCCGCGGCGCCCAGAAGACGUACUACACCGUCCUCAAGCCCGUCCUCGCCAACAUCAGCCACCAGUCGUCGACCAUCUCGAACGACUCGGCGGCUCCCGCUACGUCGCAGUGA